GGUUUAUCGAUGUAUGAUAUGUGAUGUGAUAUAUGAGACAAUACCUGAGGUUCAGAUCCACUAUCAGACCAAACAUAUCGAUCAGGAUUUGCAAAGUACUUCGACUAAUCAUCCAAACCAUACGACAAACACCUCUUUGUCGCCAAAUCCUAAAUCUAUGACAACAAAUGUCUCAUUUUUUGGAUCAUUGCAUUCAUCCACUGAUUCCAGUUGGGAAGACAUGCCCGACCCACCAGCCCCUCAAACACUCACAUUUGACGUGCCCUCAGGUCUGAAGACAUUACAGCAACAGUUUGAGACCACAACCAAAGUGGUGAACCAGAAGCCCAAGAAAGGCAACAAACCUUUGGCUUCGGGUAAUCCUAAAGCAAAAGCAACCUUCAAGUCGAAAGUUUUGGGACAAACCAGUGGUUCAUCAAUUAAGUCAGGCUUUAUAACAUGUGAAAUAUGUGGGGCCACCAAGUUCUACAAAUACACCCAAAGGAGGUUUGGAGUGUACAGUUGUGUCGGGUGCGCUAAGUUCUACACCAAAUAUCUAGUAAAGCCCGUCUCCUAUAUGUGCGAAAAUCUCGGCAAAUGCAAUUUGAAAGUCAGUGAAUGCGAGCCGAAUGGCAGGUGUAAGGCCUGUCUCAUUCAUAAAUGCAAAUCCAAAUUCAUAAUCGAUUCGAAAAAAUUGACAAAUUAUUCAAAAAUGAGUUCAAUAUUGGCUCACAAUCGCAACAAAAAGGCAUUGAAUGAAAACAAGACUAAAAUGAACGCAAAACCCAUGCCUUCGAGAGAGACGAAUAGAAACAUCAAACAGAAGACAUUGAAUGCAAUGACCGGUGAAUUGAAAUCCAGAAGUCAUUUGAAUACUUCAAAGGCUAAAUCAGAUACCGAGGGCUCGACUCCUAACAAAUCAAACACUUUGUCCUCAAACAGGAAACUUAAAUCCGACAAAACUAUGAAAACUGUUCACAAGAAUACUAAUGAAAAGGUUUUAAACCAAGUGAAAAGGGGUGUGAAUACAAGCGCUGCAACUAAAACAGCCGUCAAUAAGAUAUCGGUUUCCAAAAGAAUCCGAAGAAAUACAUUGAAUUCGAGCGAUAAGUUCAUUGAGAAGCGGACUCGAAGUCAAUCGUGUCGUAAGUGCUUCGGAAUGAAAGGCAUUAAGAGUUGUGGCAAUUGUGGCAAAGAAUCCAGUGUUGGGUUCAAGUAA